AUGCACGCAAGCAAGAUCACCGCGGGCUUGAGCCGCCGUCGUAGGACGCAUUCAAAUGCUAGCAACAAAUCGUCCGGCAGCGUGGACGAUCUCAAUGAUGAUAGCACCGUCAUGGAGCCCGACCAGGGCAACGUCCUAACCCACAUCAUCUCCCAACUUCGACCCGGUGCCGACCUGAGUCGCGUCGUCUUGCCCACUUUCAUACUCGAGCCGCGAAGCAUGCUGGAACGCAUCACGAACUUCAUGUGCCAUCCCGAGAUGCUCCUCUCCAUUCCCGAAAUGGAGGACCCUGUCGAUCGCUUUGUGUCGGUUGUCAAGUUUUACCUGAGCGGCUGGCAUAUCAGACCACCUGGCGUCAAGAAGCCCCUUAACCCCGUCCUGGGCGAAAUCUUCUCCUGCUACUGGGACUUGCCUGGCGAGACACGAGCCUACUACAUCUCCGAACAGACAUCACACCACCCGCCCAAGUCCAGCUACUUCUACUUGGCCCCACACCAUCACAUCCGCAUAGACGGCACGCUCAAGCCGAGGAGCAAGUUUCUGGGCAACUCGGCUGCCAGUCUAAUGGAAGGUGUUGCCGUGCUCAGCUUGCUUAACCGUGGAAAAGACGCCACGAAAGGAGAAAGAUAG